AUGGCUUUAUCAGUUGGACUACCGUUAUCUGGGUUGGAGACAGAAAAAUUUAACUCGUUUAGUCAUAUCAUAGACAUAGCAGGUCUUGCAAAGUCCCAGACGAGUCCAAGCCCAUCUGUCUCCAGUGAAUCUAGUGGCAUCGGAUCAUUAGGUUCGCUCAAGUCCGAGUCCCUUAACAAUGACUCCUUGCCAUCUAGUCCUCAGACCACAGAGAAGAAGUUAUUUCAACCUUUUCCGCAACCUCAGCCACGUCCAAUAGAAAAGCGGGAUGUCAAAGUAGUUAGUGGAGGCAGAGAUAUCCUUAAUCUAAUGGGUAACUUAACUGAUCCUCGAUGGAACUACCGUGCUACAGUGCUGCCUCCCAACAACCCUGCACUGUUCUUUGCUAACCGCUCACAGUAUCAUCGAUUGGGACCAUAUGGAACACGCACACAGUAUGUAAAAGAUACCUGCCGUGACUGCGGCUUCUCGUGGGUUGUAGCCGCUACAGACUAG